AUGGCGCACUUACUGGAUACAUUUGGUUCUCUGGCACUGAAGCAGUCAAGAGCAAGACUGCAAUGUGUAGGGGACAGUAAUAAUGAUUAUGUCCCUAUGGAUUGUAAGCCAUUGCACACUUUUCAGGCACAUGGUAUAUGAAGUGGGUUCUCUGGCAAACAAACCUCAACUUUCCUCUGUGUUUUACGCUUUCUGGACUUUACACAACCUUUGUAUGUUUUUUGCUAUUGUGAAAAAUCUUUUGAAUGGCAACCAUGCUUUAUGUGCAACAUCAGUGUCUCUGACACAAGAAAUAGAAGGAAUGUGCAUGAAAGACAUCGUAGGAGCUAUUGUGACAGAUAUUGUGUAAUACUAAAAAACAGAUUGAUUGUAAAUGUGAUCUCCAUGUGUUUGAAGGUUGAAUGUAUGUAUCUGGCAGAUGUGGCUGAUAAAUGAAUCAAUUAAGCUGGCGGGUAAUCACCAUCACUCUGAUUUUAUUGGUAUAAAUAUAAAAGUGGUUUAGUGGUUACAUCCUACUGCUUAACAGAUCUUGCUUGAGGGGACAGUGUUGUUGAGGGAGUUUCAAGGAGAGCAGGAAUUCAGAAACAGUACUUUUGCAUUUAUUCUGCAUUUUCCUCUUUCACUGGAGUAAGUGUACACCAAGGUCCCCAGAUGUAUAGUACUCCAUAUGCUCUCAGGCUGAUGGUAACUAACACAGAAACUGAUGCCAUAAAACCAUUCCCUUGACAUGUCCUUUUAAAUGAUAACUGGGAGCUCUCAAAUGGAUUUGAAGGCUUGUUCUGACCACUUCCAUCAGUGCAGCUUUCUAUUUCCAAUAUAAAUCGAACCAGGACAUUGUUUGGUCAUCCAUAAGGUUCCUUAAGUGAUCAAGGUAUCUGAAACGCUCCAUCCAAAGAUAUUGAUUUCAAAAACUGGUAAGCAUGUUCCUCAAAAAAUUUAGUAGCAUCUCUAGUCCAACCUUUUCCACCUUUCAUACACAGGAUUAGCUUGUGUUUAUCCUACAAGACUUCAAGUUUUUUUGUGGAUAUUAGUAUAGGCAUUCUCUAUGGUUUUAGCCGAGGAAUAAGUCUCCAAGUACAUGAAAUAUAGGCUGCUAAUAUCCCCUUCCACAGCCACAAUAAAUUCAGGGAGUGCAGUCACCCCCAUCCUCAUGACCCAUAUAUCUUCCUGCAGCAAAACUCGUAUUUGCUUUAAAAGCUCUUAAUGUCCUGUUAAGUUAAUAGGAUGUGCCCAUGCUGUUGGAGCCAUAAUUGCUCCUUCUGUUUCUAUUUACAGGUAAUGGUAGAAAUCUUGCUGCCAAUAUUGUAGAAAUACAGUAAAAUAGACUCAUAAACAGCAGGUCUCCUAGAGCUCAACAGAAUAGCAUCAGCUCAAAAAGAUUGAUAGCUCUGCCCAUUUUUAAGAUAUACGGAACCAGGAGCCCUGGAAAAAACGUCUACCAUCAGCCAGGUUCUUGCAUGGACGCAGAACUUUUUGCACUGGCACACAAUUCAUAUGUGCUCCAGUGCAUGUGCACACAACUAUGCCUCUCCCAUUGACCUCUAUGAACCUUAGUUUCCCAUUAUGAGAUGUUUGGUGGUAUUGGCAAACCACCUUAGAGGCAAUCCUCCUAUAUGACCUAACAGGCAUGCCACCUGGUCCUCUAUUAUCAACCCAAUUAGCGGGGUAAAGACAUAGCUGACAUAAUCAGUGCUGGCAUGUACAUUCAUAACGUUCUUAUAAUUCAGUAUAUAGAUUCCAAAUGUUAAUAAAUGAAAAAUAAAUAAAUAACGAGAUCUUUGAAAAAUUAUUAUUGUAUUAGGCCAUGGAAGCAGGUCACAUCCUAACACUGUUCUUUAACGUAUGUUCACUGACAUAUAUUUGCUAUAUUAUAAUAUCAGUUAUCUACCUAUCAAUACAGUAUAUGUUAUGGUAAAAAAAAAAAAAACAUGUGUGUACAAAAAAUGUAUUCAUUUCUUCCCCGUUGCUUAAUAGAUUUACAUCGUAGCCGAUCAAUCCAAUGCUAGGGGCUGAAUGAAUUCUGUACAUUCAAUGUCCAGUUGACUAUGUUAAAAUAUUCUGUUUUUUUUUUUAAUUUCUUUUAGCUGAUGGAAUUCAAGCACUGUUUUUAUUUGUGGAAAUUAAAGAAAAAGCUAACCCAAAGUGGAAACUGCAUCUCAAGUCAGACCUACAGAGUUUGGACAAUGAGUUGGGCAAAAUACCUUUUCAUUCUCUCCUUUACUUCCUACGUUCACAGGUACAUUUAUAGCAUCAUAGUAUAGUAUCAUUACAACUAGUGCUUCUAUGCUCGAGUACUGAGAGGGUCAUACCAUACCUACACUAGGGGAGAGGGCUGAUUGAAAUACAUUGUGCUACCUAUGCAUUUCAUGCUUUAAAUAAAUAUUACUGCUAAUAUUUCUUUAAAGAAAAUGGGUUAGAAAGUGAAGAGGUUAAAGGGGAACUGUCCAAGAAUGUUUACGGUUUACUUAUCCCAUAUAUUUAACUUAUUUUAUUAAUAUAUUUAUCAUUCAGUCAUAAAGACACUCGGGUUUUUUAAUUUCUUUUCCUAAUUUCCUUUCGAGAAAAGUGUUGUAAAAACAGUUUGUUGAAAAUUGUACAAUAUUAGAAACAUGCCUGUGGUAAUGACAUCAUAAGGAUAUGAAUAACAAAUACAGAUACAUUCUUAUUUAAUUCUCAAGAGUCACAAAAAUUGUCAAAUUUAAAUAGUGUUACAAAAAUAACAUUAAAGGGUCUUACAGUUAAACAUGUUAUAAUCCCAUCAACUUUCUGCUUCUAUUUUUCUUAAGGUUUUUGAUCUAUUUAGAUAACAAAUAUACAUAUAACUUAAUGUUAAAUACAUUCAGUCAUAAUAAUUUCAUAAAACAUUUCUGGAUUUCCAUAAAGCCACUUUCCAUAAAGCCACAAUUAAUAGCUAACAAUACCAGUAAAAUAUAUUCCUCAGUUUUGCUUAGAAUUUGCUUAAAAUUGUACUAAAUAAAACUGUUCCAUGGUAAAAGAAGACAUGUCUCCUAAACUUUUUAGAACUCUAAAAGUGUUGUGUUUGUGAAGUGUGAAAGGAAAAAAAAUAAUAAACUUUAGAAAUCAACAAGGUUUAUCUUGUAACUUGGUACCUCCAUUUUAGCGCUUUGUCAACCAUUUUCAUAAAUUGGUAGUCCGCAUCGAAAGAGUAAAUAGAAAUGAGAUAGAAAUAGAAACAAUGUUCAUACAUAUCUUUCUCAUUUGCAAUGUAUGCCUGGACUGAACUCUAAGAAUGUUAUAUAAUUUUAUAAGAAAACAGAGUAUCACAAAAAAAAAAAAAACAAUGUUAACACAAAUUAUAGGUUUAAUAUCCACAAAAGUGAGGCUUAACAUGUUAUUACAAUUAUUUAUAUAGUGCCAACAUAUUCCUAAGUGCUGUAUAAUAAGUUACUCAAGAGGUAAUUUGAAUUGUAUUUAUAAAAAUGCCUUUUAAAUAUGUAUGGUAGGCAAUAUUUCGCAUAAAUAACAAUAAACACAGACACAGUUUAUUUUAUUUCAAAGGGCUAGGCCGUGGUGUUUAUUUAAAGCUCAAAAGAGGCAUACCACCAUAACUUGAUAAUGGUAACAUAUUCACAUAAACUUUUCACUUUACAUACAAAUUUUUUUUAACUUUCGCCAUCACUUAAUUGCCAGGCAAUCAUAGCUAACCUGAUCGACUUUUAUAUACAAUCAUUUAACACAUAUCCUUCCUCAGAACUUGAACCUGAGGAGGACUUUGCCCCCGAGCUUUCCAACACCACAACAUUAAAGGAACACUAUAGUCACCUAAAUUACUUUUGCUAAAUAAAGCAGUUUUAGUGUAUAGAUCAUUCCCCUGCAAUUUUACUGCUCAAUUCACUGUCAUUUAGGAGUUAAAUCACUUUGUUUCUUUUUAUGCAGCCCUAGCCACACCUCCCCUGGCUAUGAUUGACAGAGCCUGCAUGAAAGAAAACUGGUUUCACUUUCAAACAGAUGUAAUUUACCUUAAAUAAUUGUAUCUCAAUCUCUAAAUUGAACUUUAAUCACAUACAGGAGGCUCUUGCAGGGUCUAGCAAGCUAUUAACAUAGCAGGGGAUAAGAAAAUCUUAAUUAAACAGAACUUGCAAUAAAGAAAGCCUAACUAGGGCUCUCUUUACAGGAAAUGUUUAUGGAAGGUUGUGCAAGUCACAUGCAGGGAGGUGUGACUAAGGUUCAUAAACAAAGGGAUUUAACUCCUAAAUGCAGAGGAUUGAGCAGUGAGGCUGCAGGGGUAUGUUCUAAACACCAAAACUGCUUAAUUAAGCUAAAGUUGUUCAGGUGACUAUAGUGUCCCUUUAAUUAUAAAUAAAAUUAGCAAGUGAGGGAGGGCAGGGGUCCGUCUGUGCUUCUCCUGUCUUGAAAGACCACUGACAGGGAUUGCGCUCGCGCUGCCACUUUUAUACUUACCCGGCUUCCCUCUCUUUUGCUCGCUUGCGGCCAGCAACCAAUCCCCAGCCAGCUCUUGUCCCCUGCAACAGCUAUGUCACCAAAUCUGCCCAGUUACUUGUCCCACUCUAAUCAAACGCAGAAAUCACACUAUUUCCACAACCAGUGUGUAGUAGUGAGGGUGUGUAGCGCUAAAUAGUGUUCACUAACUCCCCAGAUUUCUUUAGGAGUACAAAUGGUAUUCAGGUAGCUAGGAAAAAUUACAGAAAUAUAUAGUGUAUUCCGAUAUAUAAACGUGAUCAUACACCUUAUAAUUAAGAAGCACUCACGUGGUUCAGAGCCUAUUAGGGAUUGGCUCUAAUCACUCGCGCCUUGUGUCAUUGAGGUGACUCACACCUCUAAAUCCAGAUGAGAUAUAUUCCUCAAAAUAGAGAAAAAGAGAGAAAACAGGGAAAACUCGCCCUGGUGUUGAAAUCCUUUUGAUCACAGUAACAAUUCUUUAUGUAUACAAAGGUAAAGGUUGCUUCUCACCUGGGUGAGAGCCUAUGACCUGGCUCUAAGUGUAUAAGUAGAUGAGUCUGUUUAGGGAUGACUCCCUCCCUCCUUAGGCAGGAUAGAAGAUGCACCAGAUGUAUGCACUCAAAAUUCAAAAGACAAUAUUUAUUUCAUAGACAUUUAAAAUCAAUCUAAUACACACAGUAUACUGGUGAGUCCAAAACGCGUUUCGCCGAUUCCAUUCGGCUUUCUCAAUUGGUAACUUCCAUCCUGUUCUGUUCCGACUAAAUUCUCCGCCUUCCGUCCGGAUUGGUGGCAAAGGAUCAUGUACCAACCAAUCACGGACGUUACUAUGGGGGAGGUUACAUUGCUGCAGCUGUAUUGUUUUAUCCCAUAAUGGCAGUAUUCUCCCCACUUGAAAUGCGGUUUCAUCCGUCGCAGGUUGUAAAAAUUGUAAAAGACUAAUAAGGGAAUUUCAUAAUCCACAUGAGAAAGAUAGAUAUUUUAAAAUUAAACAAGUAAUUACCUGUCAUACAACAAAAGUAAUCUAUAUGAUUACAUGUCCUUGUGGGUUAAUGUAUGUGGGUAGGACCACUAGAACUCUAAACACCAGAAUUCAAGAACAUAUUAGGAACAUCAGAAAUGGGUUCCUGAAACAUAGUGUGUCCCUGCAUUUUAAGAAUUAUCAUAACAUUAACCCACAUCUAAUGGAGUUUAUGGGAAUACAAAAAAUAAUUGGAAAUUGGAGAGGUGGUGAUCCCAUAAAACAAAUUGGACAAACAGAGAUUAGAUGGAUUUUUAAUUUAAACACUAUGCAUUCCUAUGGUCUUAAUGAUAAUUUUGAAUUAUGCCACUUUCUGUAAUUUUUUUAUGAAUUUUAAGGGUGAUCAAUUUGAUGAUAAAUAUUUUAUUAGAUUUUUAAUAGUUUUAAAUUGUAAAUAGAUUGUAAAAUCCCUUCUCUAUACAUAUUUUAUACAUUUAUUUUUAUAUGUAUUAUGUUAUCUCUGAAGUGGGUAAAUCAUCAUUAAUUCAAUGCACUGGUUCUGGGCAGAUGGAUAUGAUAUUCAUGGUCCCUUUAUUUAUAUUAGAUUUGUGGAAAUUUGUAUUAAUUAUUGUGCUGUAAUUUUUAUUGAUUAUUGUAUUUUUUUUGUUUGAUUCAUAACGCUCAAAUAUGAGCAUAAUACUUUUAGAGUGGAAAGAGGAUAAAGAACUAUAUUAUGGACAUUCCUCUAAUUGCCAGUACUUUGCCAGUAAGUGAAAUGGACGAACGUUUGGAUUAAGAAAAUGGAAGAUAAGUGGGUUUUGAUCAAAACUCUAUAAAGCAGGAAGUGAUGUCGAACAACCUGUGACAGAUGAAACCGGAUAUCAAGUGGGGGGGAAUACUGCCCUCCCAAAUUCCUGGAAGUGACAUCACGCGCACGGUCACAUGUGCGUGCGUGAUGACGUUGCCAUUAUGGGAUAAAACAAUACAGCUGCGGCAAUGUAACCUCCCCCAUAGUAACGUCCGUGAUUGGUUGGUACAUGAUCCUUUGCCACCAAUCCGGAUCGGAAGGCGGGGAAUUUAGUCGGAACAGAACAGGAUGGAAGUUACCAAUUGAGAAAGCCGAAUGGAAUCGGCGAAACGCGUUUUGGACUCACCAGUAUACUGUGUGUAUUAGAUUGAUUUUAAAUGUCUAUGAAAUAAAUAUUGUCUUUUGAAUUUUGAGUGCAUACAUCUGGUGCAUCUUCUAUCCUGCCUAAGGAGGGAGGGAGUCAUCCCUAAACAGACUCAUCUACUUAUACACUUAGAGCCAGGUCAUAGGCUCUCACCCAGGUGAGAAGCAACCUUUACCUUUGUAUACAUAAAGAAUUGUUACUGUGAUCAAAAGGAUUUCAACACCAGGGCGAGUUUUCCCUGUUUUCUCUCUUUUUCUCUAUUUUGAGGAAUAUAUCUCAUCUGGAUUUAGAGGUGUGAGUCACCUCAAUGACACAAGGCGCGAGUGAUUAGAGCCAAUCCCUAAUAGGCUCUGAACCACGUUAGUGCUUCUUAAUUAUAAGGUGUAUGAUCACGUUUAUAUAUCGGAAUACACUAUAUAUUUCUGUAAUUUUUCCUAGCUAUCUGAAUACCAUUUGUACUCCUAAACAAAUCUGGGGAGUAAGUGAACACUAUUUAGCGCUACACACCCUCACUACUACACACUGGUUGUGGAAAUAGUGUUUUUUGCAUUUGAUUAUAGUAGAACUGGAGAGGUCCUACUUUUUGUGUGAGGGCAGCUGCAUUAAGAGUAAGUGUUAAAUCCUGUUUUAAGUGCCUGUUAACACAGAAUACUUUGUUAUAUUAUCGAUCACUUGUCCCACUCUGCCCAACACCCUAACCAGGGGUCAUGAACUUUCCCUAACUGUACCAACUUAACCCUCUAUUGCCACCAUACAUAUAUACCACAGUGCUUAAUGCCUGUGGCAUCUUUGUCAGUAGUACAUUAAAAUAACACUAUUUGUAUAAGAUUAAUUACUUUGCUUUCAAAUAAAAUAAUACACUAAUAUGCACUAGAAAAAGUGCGGGCUAUAAAAGAAAUGGAACAUUUUAGUUAUGAAGAAAGGUUAACAAAUUUAAAUCUCUUUAGUUUAGAAAAUGGUACCUCAGAGGGGAUAUGAUAGGCAUGUGCAUGGGGAACAUUUUUGGUUCGGUUCAGCAUUUAGAAAUUCGGGACUUCGGCAAUUCGGCACUUUGACACUUCGGCAACUUCGGAAAUUUUUAUUUAAAAUUGUAUACAGUGUAACAUUCUUCAUUCUUCCACUGGGUAAGUAUAUUCGUUCUUAGGCAAUACUGUGAUUCGGAACUUCGGAACUUCGGAACUUCGGCAGAUCAGCACUUCGGCAAUUCGGUAAUUUCGGAACUUCGGGACUUCGACCAUUCGGCAAUUCAGCAAUUCAUCUAUUUGGACAUUCGGAAGUACCCAAAUAUCCGAAUUGGCUGAAAUUUGUCCGAAUUCACAUUCGGACCAAAACGAAUUGCACAUGUCUAGGAUAUGAUAACAUUACACAAAUAUAUUCGGGGCCAAUACAAACCAUAGUCUGGAAAUUUAAGUAUAAACAGAACUAUACAUAGAACUCAAGGCCACACGUUUAGACUGCAAUUUGCAGGACUUAAAGGGCACAUGUCAUGCCCCAAACAACUCUUGCUAGAUAAAUUGAGCAUAAAAUUUUAUCUAUACAUUGUUAUAGCUGUUGGGAAAAACAUAUUUAAAAAUAGAUUUUUCUUCCAGCAGUCAGUCAAUAUAGGCAUUGAAUACAUUAUGUAUUAUUAUCAUAUACAGUGUAUCCAAUGUAUCAGAGAGCGAUUUUAGGUAAGUUAAUUUUUACAUUGGUUCACUUUAAAGAAUCUGCUGCUAAUGUCUUGGUGCCAGAUACCACAGGUCCACAAGCUCAUGCCUUCAAAUCUCUACAUAAUGCUGCUCCCACCUAUCUAUCCUUCUUAAUACACAAGUAGGUCCCAUCUAGGCCCCUACGCUAUGCUGAAGACCUUCUUCUAACCGCUGUUCGUACUCCCACCUCUGAUGCUCUCCUUCAAGACUUCUCUAGGACUGCAUCGUUCCUGUGGAACUCCCUUCCAAUCUCCAUUAGACACUCAUCCAGUCUCCACUCCUUCAAAAAAUCAUUAAAAUCUCACUUCUUCACAAAAGUGUAUUAAUUAAACUGUUAAUAGCUCCCAACUGUUUCCUCUCCUGCAACUGUCAUUUAAAAAAAAACCACAAAGUUUUCAGUGAAUACUACUCUACCAAUCUACUUCUCUAAUACUAUCCUUACCUUUUGUAUCACUAUACCCCACUACCUCUAGCAUGUAAGCUCAUUGAGCAGGGCCCUCAACCUCUCUGUUCCUGUGCGUCAAACUUGUCUGGUUACAAUUACAUGUUUGUAAGUCCACCCAUUGUAAAGCGCUGCGGAAUUUGUUGGCGCUAUAUAAAUAAUAUAAUCAGUGCUGUUUUGGCAGCUACACGAUAUUAGGCAGGUGGUUUUAAUGUUGUGGUUGAUCAGUUUAUGUUUGAGGUUCAUUUUUUUAUAAUUCUGCAUAUUUCUUAUAACUGCAGAACUGAUGUGGUUUACUAACGCUUUAUGACUCCAUUACUGCAGAGAAAAUGAGUAGAUCUUAGAGUCGCACACUCAGUCUAAUUUAUGUAUGAAAUUUCUAAUAAUUUUACUUAGACAACCCAUGAUGUGGAUGCUGCUACAAUGGAGAGGGAAAUCUUUUGCGGUGAAAUAAAGGAGAACCCAGUGCAGUGUCUGAAAUCUAUACUAAAUGAACUCUGUAUCCCAAUUCUUCGAGCUCAGAAAGAUUGGGGUUCCUGCAGCCAGGAGAGUGUUACUCAUUUCCUAGCUGGCCUGGAUAAAUAUGCUGCAGCUAUUGAAGAUGCUACAAACAUUGCCAAUUCUGAAAAGCGACCUACAACAGUAAGUAUUUACUAAAAUAAUAAAUUUUAGAGCUAAUCUAAUUCAUGUUGUAGCUUGAUAGUUAAUGGUUUGCUCCAACCAAAAAAAAAGGGUUUUAAUUAAAGUUCUUGUGACGUUACUCCCCAUCACUGCAGAGGUCACAAAGUCCUUGAGGCAGGACUGAGGGAGGACUUUUAUGUCCACCACCAGCAUGCUAUGCGUACUGGCAACUGAUGUUUUUUAUACACAGAAUUGACAUUAGCUUAAACAAGCAAUUGACUGAUCUCACACAAAAAAAAUAUCUCUUGUGAUCUCACACAAUGAUAUCUUGUUAAAUGAAAAUGCUAGUCCAUGUAAGUUAUAUUUUCAAUUUGCAUUUGAAUUACUAUUGUUUGCAAUGAUAUGUUGUGUGUUUAUUUUUAGCUGUAUUUAAGGAAAACAGGAAAAAACAAUCAUAGUUGCAACUUAUUUUAUUUCAUAUACAGUUUAUAUAUUAUUUAUUAUUUUUUAUAUAUUUAUUUAUUUUAACAAGAUUAUUAGAACAUACUGCAAUUUAUUUAUUUUGUGGGAUAAAAAAAAAAAAAACUGAAUACACUUUUUUUGAUUUUACAAAUUAUAUCUGAUGCAGAUUUUGAGAAGGCCACUAAAUAUUUUAAGCUCUGACUUUAUACAACAAAGAUCUGCAAUUGUGGAUUCAGAGGUCGUUGAAGAAUAUGAAACACUGGUUUCUGAGUGGAUGAAAAUGAUUGAUCAGAUUUUGAUGGAGGCUGUGGAUGAAAGGUAAAAUGCAAUGAUUUUUAAGAAUGGUUAGAUAUUGAUGAAUACUGGUAAGGAUAAUUGUUUUAGACAUUAAAUUACAGCUUGUUGUGGGUGUAACUAUCAAUAGGGUUGAUAGUGCCUUAAAUAUCUGGACUUCUUCUUUAGUACCAACUGACCAUUCUAAACUCAUAGAAGCUGUUUUAACAGAGAGUAGUCAGAAUAUUCAUAUGAAUCGUAUCAUUCUAUUGUAUUAUAUUGAGAUGAAGGGGUUUGGGAUGAGACAGUGCUCAUGACAGUAAUAUUACAUGCCGAUACUAAUAAGUGACAAUGGAGUCACAGUGACUUAAGGUCUUGUGUCUCUUUGGCAUGCACAUAUAUCUGUGAAAGCUCUGUCAUGCUGCACAGGUCAUUUUGAUAGAGGCUGCAGGGACAUUUGAUGACACACCUCAUGACACCAACAGCCUCCAUCCGUCCAAACUAUGAAUCACAUUCACUGUGUGGGUUUGACCAUUCACACAGAGGUCUGUGAGUUUAAUGCACGAGGAAAAUUCAUAUGUUUGUACUUAUCCCUCAGCACAAAUGAUGCCAGCCCAACCCUGCCUGUUAUGGUUUACUAGCCAUAAAUACAUACAGCAUAGCCAAUAAUUACCUGAAAGGGGAAUUAGGGAGAGAGGACGACCAAGCGACACAUUUCAGUCCAGUAAUUCUCUAAAAGCUUUUUUUGUUUGGCAAAUUCUGCCUACAUUUUGCCUCAUAAUUAGUCACGUACCACAACUCACUCCUAGCUUAUUCUAGGAUUCUUAAUAGGUUUGUAAAGCUUUACUAAAUGUACACUUCUUUCCACUUUUGGAAAAUGGAGAAUAACUGAACGUAAUAAUGGACUCCUAUUCACAGAGUUCAAGAUAUCACAUCAACUCCUCUGACAGAGCUGGAACGAUGGAAUAAGAGACAGAAAAUGUUGGGGUUUCUUAUAGAACAACUGCGUGGCAAAGAAUGUAAAGCUGUUGUUGGCUUGUUGAUUUCUGCUAAAUCCCGUCUGCUGAAAAAAUGGAAGGCUGUGGAUAUCAGGUAUUCAAUGAGCUGAUGUGCAUGGUGUAUUUACCCCCUUAGUACAUUACUUGGAGGAAUGAGUGGCACUAUUAAGGUCCAGAGUACUGGGUACUUGCAUUUAUUUGGUAAUGCUUGGACCUUUGGGCAUGCCAUGGCACAUAGCAAGUGUGUGGAGUAAUCUGCAUAUAUGUGUUCAGGAGUUUGAGCAGGUGAGGAUUACAUUUUUAGCAUUAUUGUGAUUCAUUUUACACAUAGGGUGAAUUAAUUGGGGUACACUGGGGUUUAGGUUUUUUAACUAUACAUUAGAUGAGGAUGCCAGUCCUUGGUCACAUUUGGUUAUUAGAGGUACCCAGCAAUAGGGAUUACCCUGUGCAGUUAGGCUGAAAGGGGACCUAGCAAAUUAUUAUUUUUCCUCAGCUCCUUCUCUUCCACAUUUUAGCAACAGGACAGUAACUGCAAACAGCAACUGCUGGACAAUAUAAAUUGGGCUGGAAUAUAUACCUGUAUAUCGAGGUGCAGCCAUAAAAUCAUGAGAUUAAAAGACAUAACAAAGACCUAACAUUAACUAUAAACCUAGCCCUAACACAAUAUAAUAGAUAUUUAAUAAUGAAGAAUUUUUAAAGAGAAAAUAAUGACAUCUUGAGUUUUGUAUAUAUAAUAAUUUUUUUUUUUUUUUUUAGCAUUACAGAUGCAGCAAAUGUUGCCAAAGAUCGAGUUAAGUACUUGGAAGCACUGUAUCGCCAUUUGGAUAGCCUAGCUACUGAACAUGACCCAGUCACUCUAACCAACAGUGUUCUCCCAGCCUUCUUCAACGGCAUACGGCAAAUGGAAACCAUGUCUCGUUUCUUCUCUAGGAAUGGAUAUCUGGGCCUGCUGCUCACAAAGGUACAACCUUUAAAUGCUGGUGUGAUUGUCUUUGUAUUUUUUACUAGUCCUUGUACAAACUGCAAUUCCUCUGAAUUAGGACUGUUCAGGGGAUCAGUCAAAUUUCCAAAGACCAAGCCGAAAUGUGCCAGAUUUACAAGCCAACAGAAAUGCGCAAUGGCCAAGCUUACCUGUUCCAGUGAAUCUGAAUUCUGCCUGUGACACCAAAAAAAAGAGAUGAUUUGUCGGAAAAAAAAGAUGGUUUGAGGACGGUCACUAAAUGUUUAUUUUAUUUACAGAUCAAGUGAGAAGUGAGCAAUAGAUGGAAAAAAGGGGAAGCAGUAAAAAAACAACUAUAUUUCUAUAUUUCUAUAUCAUAUACAUAUAUAAUAUUUAAAUAUAUAAAUACAUGUUGUUGUUUUUUUUUUUUAAUGUCUUUUUUUCCCAUUGCUCACUUGAUGUAUGAACUAAAUGGCAUAAAAAUGCUCCUAUUGGUGCACUGCAAAAUACUGUAUAUACCUAUAUAUAUAUAUAUAUAUAUAUAUAUAUAUAUAUAUAUACCUUGUGACACUUACUACUCUAUAUCUCUACCUAGGUUCUAAGUUACUGAAAUGUCUCCUUUACAACUUCUUAUCUUACUUUUUCCUCUCUAAUUCCCAUUUGAUCCAAUGCAAUCUAAUUUAUGUCUCCAGUACACUGCCAAAACUGCUCUAACUCCCACGUAACAAAUGAACGCUUGACAACACAAUGGGUAAAUGCCACUUCUGUUUACUCAUCUUCCUGGAUCUGCUUGUGACCCUUGACAUAGCAAGUUGUCCAUCCUUUUGCAAACUUUUUCACUCUAUGGGGAUCUGUGGCACUUUAUUGGGUAUAAGUUGUAGAACUCAGAUCUUAAAUUCUGUAUUGCUCUUCUUCAUAUACACAUCCUCUAAUGACAAAGUUAUUGAAUCCGUUGGAUUAUGCCUUUAUGCGGUCAGUCCUCUCCACCGCCAUCUACUAUUGAUCUCCCAACCUGUCACCUUUCCUACCAUCUUGUGUCAAUCAACAUCUAUCUGAAAUCUCUUUAUGAUUGACUAUCCCAGGACUUACAUCUCUCUUUUGCUCCCAUUACCUCAUUCCACUUUGAUAUUCAGGACAUCUCCUGCGCCUAGCCGUAUAAUCUACUCUACAUUCCACAACUUUAACAUUCUUUGAAAACUCUACAUUUCACAUUUGUAAUCCCCUAUAACAGUGUUUCCCAAACCAAUUCUCCAUGGUAAUAAAUGGUGACCUGGAACUUGUAUAUUACUAAAGUGCCAGUCUGUCCCUGCCAUACAAAUAUGGCCAAGUGUAGCAGAUAGUGAGGUGUUAGACUGCUCAAAAAUGCUUUUAUUAUUUACAGAACACAGGCUACUUGCACAACAGUGACUACAAGAACUUAAUAGUUCUUGUUCGUAGGCUGCUACUUGAACAAUGUUUUAAAAUGUAAUAAUAAAAUUAAAAAUAUGUAAAUGUUUCUGAGGAGGUGCAAAUAAUUCCCUUUUGUUAAGGUGUCAAAUCAGUUGGUGCAAAACUGCCAAGCAUUUUUGCGAGAAAGCCUUGUGUUCAGAGAUUCAGAAGAUAGACUCUGGGACAUGGUAAGAGAACACAUGAUGACAAGUGAAAGUGAGCCCACAUCAUUGACUGAUGUUUAUGCACCACAGAAGAACAUUAAAAAAGAGAAACAUAAGGUGAAGACAUCAAAAAGCAACAGUACUUUGCAUAAAAAGUGAGUACCAUAGAAAAUAACUAAUAAUAUGUUUGAUCAUCUAGACUGUAAGCUUGUUUGAGCAGGGCCCUCAUCAAUCUAUUUUUCCUGAAAUAUUUUGUAAUUGUCAUAUAUUGUUAAAUUUCCCCCUUUUUAUAAUAAGUGCUGAAGAAUAGGUUGGUGCUAUAUAUGCAAAUAAAUAUAAUAAAAACAAUUUUACAUUUUUUAUAGCCGUAUUUGACCUUUGAGAAAAAGUUAAGCCUUCGGCACCAACAUGUAAAUAUAUAUAUAAACUCUGCUAAAAAAAAAACAAAAAAAAUCAUUCUUUAUUGAAAAAUGUAUGCUAUUAAUUGUAGUUUUACGUGGGUUAUUUUCUAGUUUAUUGUUAAGAUGGCAAUUAGCAUUGAUUGACUGUUAUAUGGUCUUUCAAUAUAUGGACUGGCAAUUUUGAGUUUUGUAUACGUCUAUAUACUCUAGUCUAUACAUUAAUAUUGUCAGCACUCUGAUUUUAACUCUAAUGUGAAAUGAGUAUGAUUUUGUAUUAUUGCAGGAUCCGUGCUUGCGUGGCAUUGCAUACUUAUUUUCAGGAUGCUUUGUGUCACUUACGUGAAUGGUUAUGGGGAACACAUGGAAUGCAUCAAUAUUCUGCUUCAAGUUCCAUAUCCAGCAUACCUGGAAGAUUAUCUUCUACACACAUGGUGAAAACUAGCAAGACUGGCGCCAGGAAGCUGCAAUCAGUAGCAUCUAGUUAUGGUACUUGUAUAAAAUAUUUUUAUCUUUAUUAAAUAUUUCAAACACGUUUAUUCUAAUGUUAGAAGGUAUUAUUAUUAUUAUUAGUAGUAGUAGUAGUAGUACCACUAGUGUCAUUAGUAUUUACAAUAGUAGUUCAAGCACACGUUAUGGUGUAUAUAUAAAUUUGUGGUCAGAGACAAUAAACCGAGAAAAAGUAUAAACCAGUUGUAGUGUGCCGAAACUGACGUUCGAAAUGGUGGGUGGGCUGAAUCAGGCAGGAACUGCCUAGGGGAGAAGGCAGUUUUAGUCUAAAUAGGCUGGGAAACCCCUCCAACAAUUCCACUUAAUAUUCAACAGUGAAGGUGAUUAACGUUUAAAUGGAAAUUGCUCAAAAGAGGGUAUUGCUGAUAAAAAUUCUGUCAUGAAAUUAAAUUAAAGAACUCUUUCAUUCAAGCAAGGCUAAUUAAAAAACUAGUGAAAAGCUGGAUUGUAUAAUAAUAAUAAUAAAAAAAAAAUAUAUAUAUAUAUAUAUAUAUAUAUAUAUAUAUGUAUUAACCCAAAUUAGGGCUGACAGAACUUGAGACCAUCGGGCUGCAAUACCUAACCAUAAAAAGUUAAUGUAGGCCAAAUGAGGGCUUGAUAGAAAUAGAGAGCAGACUUGUAAAAAAUACUUAGAGGCUGACUGAGGGCCGAAUGAGACCUUGUAUAACCAUAAUAUGCCCGAAGGAUGGUCUGCACAAUAGCUACCAUUGAUACUCAGUGGUGAAUGAGGGCCGAAUACAAUUUGCAGAAAAUCACUAAAGCCGAAUGAGGCUUAACAGUACUGCCCACACAUUGUUAAAGGAGAAAAAAGAGAAAGAAAAAAAAAAACGCACUCCAAUUACAAGAUCCGGGUGCUAAACUGGACCAAGGGCCAGCCACAGCCCCAGGGAGUUGCUAUUAGUGGAAGAAAAAGGAUCUAGGCACUCCAAGAAUCUUCAAUUUUAUUUAUUAGGAUAAGUGAGACACCAUAAUGUUUUACCCCUGAAAGGGCAUUUGUCAUGCAUGUCAAAGACCCUUUAAGGGGUGAAAACAUAGUUGUGUCUCACUUACACAUUGUUUAAGACCGGACUGAGUGGACUGAAAUGCGAUUGCUAAAGAUUUCGAUAUGCCCGAAUGCCAUGAGUUUCUGGGGCCAGAACUGGAAGUUGUGGGUCAACUCUGAAUCAGGUGGUAACGGCCCAUGGGAGAUAACAGCGUGAGUCUAAAUAGGCUGGGUAACCCAUUCCACAAUUCCAGGCUCCGUCUUAACGUAUGACAACUUGGGGAAUUUGUCACACUAAUACAGUGUACAGUUCUCAGAAUUGUUUAAUUAGCAAUUGGCACGAUGGAUGGAAUGGAAACUCCUCUUAUUUGACAUGCUGUUAAGAAUUCUCCAAGCUUGUCACACGCAUUGGUGGAAGUCGUGGUCCUGCUCGGAGAUGUUGCCCCCUGUAACGGCUGCUAGUGUGGUCCAACACGCAGAAACUAUGUAAACAUAUACAUAAAAAAGGAAAGGAAAUAAAAGGACAGAGCGUAAACCAGACCUUAAUAUGGCUGGACUAAUACGCUAGAGAUAGAGAAUGGUCAAAGGGAAAGCCGAGGUCAAGGAAGCCAGAAAUACUCAGAUACCGUUUAAACAAGCCAAGUCAGGGGAACCAGAAUUUGGAAUAACCAGGGAAAAGCCUACAUCAGGAUACCAGGAAGUAAUAUUCACAAAGAUAAACGCACUCUAGGGAACCAGGAACAGGAAACCACGACAGGGCAAGGUACUUGGGGGAAUUAGGGAUUUAAAUAUCCCUCUCUAGACUCUGAUUGGUCAGAGGGUGACCUCUGACCCCAGAACGUGCGCGUGCGUUGACGUCGUGAUGUCACGCGCACGUUCGUAUAAUUUUGGGGGGUGGAGCUAUGGAUGGACGCGACCUCAUGGUCGGCGACAUCUUGGAUUUCCCCGAGCGGCGUGGAGGAGCGGUUCCCAGCUCACCGCUGAGCAGGUAAGCUCAGUGAGUUGGUGCGGUCGUGCCGGUCGGGCACGGACGCACAUGGCGGCGAGCCCGGGGCCGUCACACCACCUGAGUGGAGACCUAAAGUUCAGGGGUUUCGAUGGGUUGAGUUUCACACUUUGGCAUGUUUCAAUACAUCCAAAUAUGCAAUAGAGUUAGGGCAAAUUCAUACACCCAUAAGGUAAACACAUGAUAUAGGUUAAUGAUCAUGAGCGUAGGUGGUGGUUGGAGAUUUUUGACAUUGGGAAUCUGUAUCCUACACCUAAAAAUGGUUAGUCUACGUUCUCUUGGUAUUCCGGCAUGAAAGUGAAUUGGAAACUAACUGAGAAACACAGGUUUUCAUAAUAUGGUUAUGCUGGUAGAAUUGGAAAGUAACCAUGGAAGAAAUGCGUGUAGAGAUCAAUACUGGUUUUAAUGGUACAGAUGGCUUUGUAUGAUUGCUUUCAUUAUCUUGUUGCAUUUGAUGACUCCUGGGUCCUGCAUGACUGGUUGUACUUAUUCUGCAUAGGGACCUGCACCUCUCACUGUGUUAUGGUUACAAUUCUUAAUUACAAUAUUAUUAAAAAUAAGAUUUGCAAUAAAAAAAAAGGUAUACAGUUCAUACACUGCAGUUAUGGAUUCUGGGUUGGGAUAUGGAUAUGAGAUACGAUUAUCUUUAUUAUAUGUAAAGGUUUUAUACAAGGACCUUUUAGAAUAUGUGUUCUCAGGAUAGCUUUUCAAACAGUCUAGGUUGUCUGGGAUGUGAAGAUGUGCUUCUUUUAAUACUGGCUUUCAGAAAAUUUCUGUUUCUGUAGUUAUUGAAUAUGUGAUUAAUGUCAAUAUUCACACAUAUAUACCAAACAAAUGGUCCUUUUUUUGCUGUAGUUUAUGUAUGUGUGUGUCAAUGUGUGUGUCUUUUGACAGAAUUUGUGAAAUAUCUGGGUCAUCAUAUCAACCAAGAUGUCAGAUCAUUUUACCUAAUUUGUAUUCAGUAAGAGGGUUCUCAAGUGUCUUCAACUCAUGGUAUAGUAAAUUUCUCCAUGAUUAUGAUCUGCGUAAAUCUGCAAAUUGAACAGCCAAAUAUUUACAUGUGUGAUCGAUGUAAUGUUUUGUCUGCUAACCCUUUUAUAGAUCAACAACAUGAUUACCAAAGCACAGGUGUGGCUAUAACUGAUGAUGACACCAUAUUGUACCAUUUGGAAGUGCUUUGUGCAAAACUGAAACAAAUAGAUGACAUCAUGGAGAAGCUCCUAGAGGUAAAUAAAUGUAUUUUUUCCUCUCUUAUUCUUGGUAUAAUUUUUUUUCCAUCUACCAUUCAACCACACUUUUUGUGUUGUUCCAUGAACAGUGCAUGUUAACUGAAUAUUAAGUGCAAAACUGAUAUAUUUGAAAUAUGCUGCUACAUUUAUUCAGUACCCUACUCUACCAAUAGUAUUACUCUCUUUUAGCUUUGAAUAAUAAUAUGUAUAAUAUAUAGAUGUAUAUAUACUUAUAUAUAUGUUUUAUACUUUUAGUUCAAAAUAUUGUCAGAGCAGGCAAUAGGCAUGAGAAAGCCUGCCAGAGAAGAUCUCAUUCAAGAUGAUGAUAGUGAAUCAGGAAGUGUAUGUGACAUCAUUGACGAAGGAGAUGCCAAAGAAUCAGGUUUGUUUGUAGACAUUACAAUGUGUGUCUGCAGUUCGAGAAUUGUUUGGCACUCUAAUGCUCUCCUGGAGACCAGUCAAUUCAAGUAAAAAUAGUGCAAUGCAACAAAUGCAUUUAUACUGUGCAGAGUUACUUUGCAAUAAACCAUAAUGCAUUGUGGCAUAGUGAAUUAAAACAGCUGCCUGUUUGUUCCAGGAUUUUGGCCAUUUCUUAACAAAAUACUGAAAAAUUAGGAGAUGUUUCCUCCUUACUGGUGGAGUUAUAUUAGAACAGACUUGGCAUCCAUCUGAUUAUUGGUGUGUUGAUUUUGUGGGAGACCAUCUCGGAGACUGUCUGUAACCAUACUUCUUAGAGAUUAGCCCAACUCAUGAUGAUCUCUGAGGCUGAUACAUUCUUUUAACUAUAGAACAAACACUGAGAUUCUAUGUAUUUAUGGCACUCAAUAAACUUAUCACAUACACUGGGGACGUUCUAACAUUUACCAUUUUGACUCCUUCUCAAUUUUUCAUUAGGUCUGACCUGAACAAGAUUGUUCAGAGAUCCUUUUGCCUAUGUUCCCUUUUACUCUUUUCUAAAUUUGUAUUUUUAAUAGGUGCUUCUUUGUAGGACUGUUAAUAUAAUGACUGUCCUUAGAAAAGAUUUUAUGCCUAUGCACAGGAAUAAUUACUAUUAAUUACAAGGGAGGCAUAUCAUUGCUCUGAAGAUUUUUUUUUUUUCCGUGUCCACAUUCGUUAAGCAAUAUAUAGUUUUUCAAUUGAUUGAUUCUGUGUCUGUAUCUCUUAUGUUCAACUGUGCAAUGAAAAUGUGAUAACAAGUGCAACAUUUUACAUAAUUCCCAUUUUACUUUUUUACAGCCAUUUAUUAAGAAUUGUACUUGCUCAUAGAAACAAGAAACAAGUUAUCUUUAAAACAGUCAAAAUGUGAAUUAUCUUGUAAUUCAUGUCACUGUAUGUUAAUGUUUAGCAUAUUUAGAUGCCCACAGUGAUCCAACCCAACUCCAACCACAAACAGGAAGACAAAAUUCAGUUUCCCCAUUAAAACUGCAUACCCUGGUUGAAGAAGAUGAGGCACAGGUACUUGUUACUUUUUCUUUGCUAAAAUACUUUUUAUUUGUUGUAGCAGUUUUCAUGAAAUACUGUGUUUUUGUUGUCUUAAACACACAAUACAAAUGGAGAUUUCUCAUUCUACACUCUAAUAACUUGGAAGCUAUUUCUCUGUUAAGUUUUCUCAUUUUAGAUAAUUAUGGAAAGUGUGGAUAAUAUUUAAAACAUAUAAUGGUAAUAUCAUGACCAUAUUUAAAUUAUUUUGUUAUAGUUUAAUUAACAAUAUAUUCAAAUCCAUUCAUUAAUGGGAAACAACAUUAAGCUUUGACAUGUCUGAUGUGCAUUGGGAUUGUCUUGCAGAUCUUUGUGGGAGAUUCAUUGGAAUCCCUAGAAUUGCCAGGGAAAUCUAAGAAUGUUAUGAACUCAAAUGAUGAACCAUCCAAUUUUGAAAGUGAGGAGCAAGUACUGGACAGAGAAGAAGACAAUGAAUUAUUACUUUCAAAUGAGGAAAAGCAUAUGCUUGGUUGGUAACUUGAGAUUGGAACCAAUACAUUAAGUGCUAUUUAUGGCCAUGUAUGCUAUUAUUAUUUCAGUUAAGUACCUUGGGUAUGAAAAACACUUUAACUGAAAUGUGGCUACUUUUUAAACUAAUGUGAAUUGGUUAUUGUCUUUGAUUCUUUGAUAUUGGGAAUUGAAAGGUACUCCAAUUCUUCUGCAAAUGCUUAAUUUAUAUAUUCUCCAGUUGUUCUGUAGUUUUCUUAAAAAGAGACUGUGUCUAAAGUAGCUUGUGUAAAAAAAUGAGAACAGAGCAAAUGCAAACUUGUGCUUAUGCAUAUAUUUUAUUAUUAUGUGUAUAUAUGGCUUGUAAACACACAAUUGGAAAGUGACACUUAAAAUAAAUAUAUAUACCCAUUUAUUUAAUGUUUUAAUAUAUGUGAUGGUAAGUAAUAUUAUGUUUUGUUUAAUAUGUGAUUGCACAAUUUAAAAUAGAAAAUUGCCUACAUGUGGUCACUUUGAUACCAAAAUCAAAGAAUGGGAAACACAUAUCAAGCUGUGUGAAUUGGAUAUUGUUUUCUCACCUUUGUUAUUUUGCUCAUUUUAGCAUAUAUUUUGCUAGUCAUAUCACCUUGUUGUUGAAUGAAAAUACUGCACGGAAAUGGUGUAGCAUAACACACUAACGCGUAUAUAUCACUCAACAGGACGUUUUGUCAUUAACUCUGUUUGCUAAAACAUCGUGAAGAAACAUACAAAGAUAUAAUAAAUGUUGGUCUGUUUAUAGCUAACCUUUACAGUGCGGAUGACAUGGAAGAUGAGGAAACAAGCUUGUCAUCCAUUCUGAUGAAGAAACUAGAGGAGAUGAUUGAUAUGCUGAGACAGUAUCUCUACACUGAUACAAUGCUGGAUACAGAGAGAAGGUUAGACACAUUGGUAUAG